AAUGAAUAUGCUUUAUUUGAAAUUAGAUGGUUUUGUAGUUUGGCAAUAAUUGUUUACCUCUACUGAUGGUUAUUAUUGGAAGAUUUGCGGAAGUUCAUUAUAUGAAGAAAGAGCAUUAUUUAUUGGAAUUGAAUUAAAUUUAAAUCAUUCGAACACUCUAUUAGAGAUCAUUUGUACGACCGAUCUAAAUGAACCAAUGUAUGGAAUUAUUGAAAAUUGUAAAUUAAUCAAUUUGUUAAAAACAAUCAAGACUUUUUGCUAUGAAUAAUUUUCAUGAAAAUUGAAUUUAUAAUCAAAUAAAAGAAUUA